GCCAACAGACAGCGUUCUCCGGAAAGAGCCAUGGCACCUGUCGGAGAGAGGGGGGCAGAGUGCUGAAGACACAGGGAGAGAGUGCAAAGGUCCUGUGUUUCCCCCCUCGCAAGAGCUGAGAGGUGCGACCCCAGAGUAACAGAAUUCGAGAGCUGAGAGGUACCUGGCGAACUUCAGAGGGAAGAAACAAGAAAAACAACUGCCCCUGUGUUACGACAAGCCUGUCCCAAAGACAGCCGCCAAGAUGAUGAUGACGAUGAUGAUGAUGAUGGCGAUGAUGGUGACGUGCAGCUCCCUGCUAUUCCUUGGACUGACAACCGCGCAGGCCUCGUCCAGCGGAUUCCCCCGGACUAGUGGCUCCUCCUCCUCUUCCUCCUCUUCUUCUUCCUCUUCAUCUCCUCGUAUGAAGCUGUCCUACAAAGAGCUGCAUGCCUUCCACGGCGUCCGGCGCUUUGAGCUGGAGCGAUCCUGCUGCUUCAGCGCGCUGCUGCUGGAUGAGGAGCGGGGGCGGCUCUUCGUGGGCGCCAAGAACUUCCUGCUGUCCCUCAGCCUGGACAACAUCGGCAAGCAGGAGCACAAGAUCUACUGGCCGGCUCCUGUGGACUGGAGGGAGGAGUGUAACUGGGCAGGGAAGGACAUCAACACGGACUGUGUCAACUACGUGAAGCUGCUGCACCACUACAACCGCACCCACCUGUAUGCCUGCGGGACCGGAGCGUUCCACCCCACCUGUGCCUUUGUGGAGGUGGGGCAGAAGAUGGAGGAUCACGUCUUCCGCAUCGAUCCCUCCAAGGUGGAGGAUGGGAAAGGCAAGAGUCCCUACGAUCCCCGCCACUCGGCAGCCUCAGUCCUGAUCGGUGAUGAGCUAUAUGCCGGCGUGGCCACUGACCUUAUGGGUCGAGACUUCACCAUCUUCCGCAGCCUGGGCCGCCGAACCUCGAUCCGCACCGAGCAGCAUGACUCCCGCUGGCUCAAUGAGCCUAAGUUUGUGAGUGCAUUCUGGGUGCCGGAGAGUGAGAACCCUGACGAUGACAAGAUCUUCUUCUUCUUCCGGGAGACUGCCGUGGAGGCGCAGGGCCUCGGCAAGGCCACCUACUCUCGGAUUGGCCAGCUAUGCAGGAAUGAUAUGGGUGGCCAGCGGAGUCUGGUCAACAAGUGGACUACCUUCCUUAAAACCAGACUCAUCUGCUCUGUGCCAGGCAACGAUGGAAGCGACACAUACUUCGAUGAACUCCGGGACGUGUUCCUGCUGCAGACCAGAGACAGGAAGAACCCACUGGUCUAUACGGUCUUCACUACUUCCAGUAGUGUAUUCAAGGGAUCCGCCGUUUGCCUGUACACCAUGAGUGACAUCCGGAGGGCCUUCCUGGGGCCCUUUGCACACAAAGAGGGGCCCAACUACCAGUGGGUGCCCUUCCAAGGGAAAGUGCCCUACCCACGGCCGGGCAUGUGCCCCAGCAAAACCUUUGGUAGUUUUGAGUCAACCAAAGGUUUUCCGGAUGAUGUGAUCCAGUUCGCCCGGCACCACCCACUCAUGUUCAAUCCAGUGUACCCGCUGAAUCGCCGGCCCAUUUUCCUGCGCAAGAACGUGGACUACAGCUUCACCCAGAUCGCCGUGGACAGAGUGGGCGCGGCUGACGGGCAGUACGAUGUCAUGUUCAUCGGCACAGAUGUGGGAACAGUUCUGAAGGUGAUCUCUGUGCCUAAGGAGAGCUGGAAUAAUAUGGAGGAGCUUUUGCUGGAGGAACUACAGGUGUUCAAGGACUCAAGUUCAAUCAUAAACAUGCAGAUCUCCUCAAAACGGCAACAGCUGUACGUGGGUUCAGACACAGGACUGGCACAGGUGCCCCUGCACCGCUGCAGCAUCUACGGCAAGGCCUGCGCCGAGUGCUGUCUGGCCCGGGACCCCUACUGCGCCUGGGACGGGACAUCCUGCACCCGCUACCUCCCCAACACCAAACGGCGGUUCCGUCGUCAGGAUGUGAGGAAUGGGGAUCCCAACACACUGUGUUCUGGAGACCACCACAAGCAGCGAGUGGCAGAGAAGAAGCUUUAUGGGGUAGAGGGCAGCAGCACCUUCUUGGAGUGCAUCCCCAAAUCGCUGCAGGCCCGCGUUACCUGGACCUACCAGAAACACACAGACAGCCCCCGGGACGAGGUCCGGCUGGAUGAGCGCAUCCUGCAGACAGAGCGGGGGCUUCUCGUCCGGAGCGUUCUGCGGCGUGACGCGGGUCUGUACCAGUGCCACGCCAUGGAGCACGGCUUCACCCAGACCUUGCUGGGCAUCACGCUGGAGGUGGUGCCGUCCUCCGCCCCCGCCCUGUCCCCCGACCCCCCGAGCCACCUGGACCCCCGCAGUGGCGGCCAGGGCCAGUCCAGCGCGCAGCGGCUGUGGUACCGCGACUUCAUGCAGCUGGUUGACCACCCCAACCUGAGCACGGUGGACCAGGUCUGCGAGCAGGUGUGGAUGCGCAAGAACAGGCAGCCGAGCAAGGCCCUGCCCGCCCCGCCCCCAGUCAAGACGCCCCUGCCCCUGGGCGCCGCCCGUGGCAACCCCAACAAGUGGAAACACCUGCAGGAGAUCCGGAAGGGCCGGAACCGCAGGACCCAUGAGACCAAGCUCCCCCUCAGGGCCCCUCGGAGCGCUGGAACGUGGUGAGGGAGGGGGUGCGAGAGAGAAAGAGAGGGAGUGAGAGAGAGAGACUGGAACAGAGAGAGACUGAGAGACUGACCAAGGAAAACCAGGUGUGGUGAAACCCAUGCUCUGCAUCUCCUUCUGUGUGAAUAUUUAUCUUCCUGCACCUCCCACUCCAGGCACCUCCCCGCCCUGCCCACAACUGCCCCUUACCAGGUCACUUUGUCAAGUACUGUCCCCAUGGAUACAGCAGGUGUGUAGGACAGACUAAACCACUCCCCCUCUAUCCUCAUUGGGCAGGGUGUACGGGGCAGCGAGUUUCACUGAACUUUUCUCUACUUCUUUCAAAGCCUUCAAACUGGAAUAACAUUAGUACAGAAGCACAUGCACACACACACAAAGACACAUCUCACAGACAUUAACAGAGAAAUAAACACAUUUCUUGGAAACACAUGAACAGAAUCUGUCGCACACAUACGCAUACACACAUGCACAGAGCUCACAACACACUAAAGUGUGUGUGUUCACAGCACUGCAGUCACAUCAUCGUCAGCUUGAAUGACUUCACCAGUCUUGAGGACAACGACAAGGCUUUCACCCUGGCAGGAAAUGGGUGACAUCAUAAUGACAUCGUCGCAGUGGAGUGCAGAUUCAAGUGAACGUCAGCACAGAUGGACUUUACUGUUGACUUCAUUUUCUCACAACCAACGCCAAGACCAAGCCGGGAGGGGGACGAGCAGGCUGCUAGUUCUGGGCCUUCACAGAAAACAUGGAAGUAUUACCCUGUCAAUUACUCGCACAAACACACACACUCACACGCACACAUGUGCACACAGCCUGUGACAGGCACGAAGAUAAUGAUGAUGAUGAUGAUGACGAUGGUGGUGUGUUAAUUUUGCCCAACUUGAACUGUGGACUCUGCGCAUACAUUCAUUAAUAUAUGUACGUGGUUUCAUGCCUUUUAUUUAAAAGACAACACUAUAAAUGUAUACUAUUGCCCUUGUAGAUGUAGGGUUUGUAUUGUUUCCAACUUUGGCCUAAACCACUGAAGACAAGCAAGACCACUACUGCCAUUCCAGAGAGCAGCCAGCUGGGUGUGCCUCCUUCCCCAUGAGAACCAGGAGUGUCUGACGAGAAGUUAACCGUCUCACCAUGUCACACGAGAACCACCUUUGUGUUUUUUUUUUUUUAUGUAUGUGUAACUAAAUGUAAUGAGGUAUGCAACAUGGGGGAAUACAUUCAUGCCAGUGGGCUUUAGAAACAUUUUUUGUUUAUUUAUUGUUUGCCUACAAACAGAAUCUACAGAUUCUUAUUUUUUAUUAUUUGACUUCAAAUGACAUAUGUUGUGCAAUGACAUGCAUCCUCUGGGUACGAUAGGAGUUAGACUGA